AUGUCUGCCUUUGAUCUCUGGACUCCCGAGUUCUGCCUCGGCUGCGACAAGCAGACCGACGGUACUGCCUACUGCUCCGAGUCCUGCCGCCUGGCCGACUUCGAAAAGACUUCUUCACCCAGCUCUGUUGCGAGCUCCCCCGGCUUGAACGCUCCUUCGUACCCUUGGACUAGCCCGAGGCAACAACCGUCGAACAAGCUCUACCUCGCUCCUGCCUACGACUUCACCAACGCUCAGCCCUACGGGUCUACCCCCCUCAGACAAUCCUACCUCUCUGCCCCGAGGACAUCAUCAACCCGUCGUACCCUCGCAACUUCGAGUUCCAACACCAGUCUUUGCUCGAUGCAGAGCACCACCUCUUCAAACUCGGAUGCUAGCCAGCUGUCGGAAAAGGCAAGGAGGGAACUCCAGGCUUACGCCGUCUCUUUCGAACAAGUCCGCCUUCAGCGCCGCCGCUCUUACUAA